AUGAUGCCUCUACUCGUAUCACCUUAAGGGGCAGUAACUUUGAACGAACAAUCAACGCGUUAGAAUCAUACAAUACACUUUCACUCACUACAUUUAUCAAUAUUAUUCACUCUAACAUCGGCUAAAGCUACAGCUUGCAUUGACAGAUAAUAUUGCGUAAAUAGAAGAACUUGUAAGGCUUCAGUGUAAUAUGCAAUGCUGCAUAUAGUGAUUGGGUCAACCAUAGUGAGUCUUCCUGCGGUAUGAUUGAUACUGAAGCACUCGGAUACGACGAGGUAACAGGUAAAGUUCAUCGUUUAUCAGAUGACAGUUCGCGAUAAGAUACGAGACGAAACGAAUUCGCUCCGAAACGAUAUCUACGUGCCGAACGAUUGGAGCAGCGACGAAACAGUUUGAGGGCUUUUUCGACCUUUUUGGAGCCCUUUUUCCAUAGCAUCGUUAGUCCUAGCCCCGUGGAACAUCACUGACGCCAGUGUACUCAUCCAUCUUCAUAUCCGUUUCGUUUCGCAGUCCAUCAUAGUGAACACAACGCGUUCCUGUUCAAGCUUGCUGGCGAGCAUAUGUAAUCAUUCGUGAUAUAAAUAAAAAAAUAUCUCGAAGGGGAUAAAAUGUGGACCGGACGACAGAAUUUGAAUAAUGAAGAGCAAAUAACGCGACUGGUCACAUGGCGAACACUUCGGAAACCUCAGUGACGAUUUACAUACGCACUUGGUCUUUCAUGAUACUCUUCUGCUUCGCUGGCUGCGCAGCUGGUUCGUGUCUGAGUUAUGGGCAUUCAUGUUGGGGAGGUCAUGGUAAACGCAGCGGAGGACAUAAUGCCAACAACGCGUAUUUCGUUACAUCGAAAACGAUGAGCGACCUACAGCAAGAGGUACCUUCGUUUCCGAAGGAACAAUGGGUGUUGUCACGGCUGAUCGCUCGACCUUUGACGUCCAACAAGUACAGAGGAAGAUGGGACAGACCUUUCAAAGUGAAAACGCACCUACCGCAGCAUUGGGAAGAGAAUGAACUGAACGCACAUAUGAUCAAUGAUGAACCAAUCAGGGAUCAAAAUAACAAUGACGAUACAGAUCAAGGCAAAAAGAGAAACAUUAAAGAUAUGCAAGAUAUUAUAGGAAAUAUUAACGACGAGCGAAAAGAAAUACCAGGAAUAUUAUUGAUAUCGAAUAAUGGAGACGAUGAACAAGGCAGCAAACCACAGAACGUAGAACUGUUCAAAUUUCUGAGUGAUACCAACGAUAACUUUAAAUGAACGGAUAAACCACUAUUAUAAAACAUAAUGUAAAAUAGAAAUUGUCAUAAAUGUAUUGUAAUUCAACUAAUAAGAAUAUUGUUUAAACCACUCGAUUAGUGAUUCUGUUUCUCGAAUAAAACUUGGAUGACCGACUUAUCAAUACUUAAAUCAACAUCCCUGGUUACAUAUUUAUGAACACACGAUAUAUAUUUAAUAUUUAACAAAAAGUAAUAGUUAUUGAACAAAUUUGUACAAAAAACAAAACACUACAGAGCAGAAUUGUUGAUAAUAGUAUAAUUCCAUGACGUAUUUGUCUUCAUUUAUUGCAAACAAAACGAAAUCUCCGUUCCACUAGAAAUUAAUAUCAAUUACUCAUCUAAUGCUCAUGUCUCAACUAAUCAUUGCACAGAUGCUACAGUCACAUCCAUUUAUCAUUAAGUUUGCACAGAUGUAUCAUAACAAUUUGAUUAAUCUAUAUCGCUUUUAGAACUAAGUAAUUAAUGUUUUAUUCAUUCCGCAUCGAUUUAAUGAAUUAAUUUACAAAUAAUAGGUUUUAGAAUCACAAGUGUAGGAUGCAAAAAACGGUAGCACCUGACAGCACUUGAUAGCCCUUGACAGCAUAAAAACCACUCAAUAAUGUCUACAAAUGCUUCUAAUAAACUCUAAUUUAAUUAAAUAAAAAGAAACUCAAAUUUCAAAAUAAAGAAAUUCAAAUUUGUAAAUUAAUUCAUACUAACCUUUAAAUAUUAAAUAUACUUAGGUAUUUCGUUUCUAACGUACAACCUAAUAUACUAAAAUUAUGAAUAGGUUAUUAAUUAACUAUAGACAUAAAUUUUCUGUUUACUUUCUUUUUUAUUUCCUAAGCGUGCAAUACAAUUCAGCCCAUUUUCAAUCAGAUUUGGCAAAAUAUGGAUCGUAUUGAACGCCAUAAGUAUAAUAAGUCUAAUCAUGUAGAAAACAUUCAACAAUGUUACUCUGUCCUUAAAAACUAAUCAGUCAUACUUCAUAUUUUAGCAGUAAUCGUGCGAAAUAACUUCAACAUUGAGUAAAAAUUUUGUUGAAAUCAUUCUUCGAGACUAAACCAACAGACAGAAAUAAUUCUUUUUCUAUCAGGCAAGUUCAAUGUCUGCUUUCGAAUGGAAGAUGGAGAACAUUAAGAUCUAUGUAAUCCUUCUUUAACAAUCGAUAUUCAACAAAUUCGGUGUACUACUCAGGAUGAUAUUACUGGCGUUCACAGUGUUUAUAGCAAAGGUUUCAAUAUCACAAUUACAAAAAUAUGAUCAUCAUUGUUCGUAACGCUUUCUUAAAAUUAUAAAAACAACCACACAGUUUUCAAUCUGCAUACUUAUAAUGCAGUUACAUCUCCUCACGCAAUCCAUUAUGUCGUAUUCAAAGUUAAUCAUUCUAGAAGCUAAUCGAGUAAUAUUCAUUCAACGCAUCACUCCGAGAUGUUACAAUAUCGAUUAUUUCUCCAGGAGUUAUUGCUCAUUAAGAUUCUCUACUGUUUUAAUUUAAUCUUUUGUACUCAUUCUUACUGUCUCGUUUAUCGUUUCUUUCACAUCUUCGAACAUUGCUUCGAAUUGCUUAGAAGAAAGUGGAAUGAAACACUUAAUAAAAUCAGGACACAUUCUACGGUAAAUUUUGCUUGUGAGCUUAUUCCAUUUAACCAUCUGUAUGUCGUGUUUUUCCGCGUUUAUAAGAUAAUGUUCUAGGAACUACAAGUUUUGUUGUUUUAGUAAUAAUCUCAAUUAAUUCACACAAAAAAUAAA